CUUUCAUCCAUCAUUCUAUUUGUAUUGCGAACAGAUCGAGUGCUCUCUCUCUCUCUCGUUCACAAACAUUGAUUGGAACUCAAGCUUCCGAGGAGACUUCAGAUUUCCCCAUUGGGCUCGCUUUUCCACUCACGAUUCCUUCUCCGCCGCUGAUGAGUCAGAGUCUUUCCUUCUACUCUCUUCUUUGCUUCUCCGUUUCUUCAGUGUCUUCACGCGUUUUUAUCAUCUGGGUAUCGCCUGUUCUCGUCUAAUCCGCGUUUGGGUGUUCCACGAGUUUCAGUCUGACUCUAGGGUUACCUUAUCUGGGUAGAUCGAAAACUUGGCAUUUAUUCUAUCGAGAUAGGCGGAUAGAUUCCAUGGCUCACCUACAUUUUUCUGGAUUUAGGGAGGGAAAGGUGAGAUGAGACAGGAAACAGCAGGUUGAAAGUUCACUUCCACGAAGCUCUCCGUAGUUGUAGUUACAAUGUCGGCGUCUACACAGACAAUCACGGCCAUGAAGUCUUACCACAAUCAAGCUCAGGACUUGGUUAAGAAUUAUCUCCUGGCUGAUCCCUUUAUUCCUUAUACGUCUAUUCUUACCGGCAUUUUUCUCUGCAAAGUGGUCUAUGAUCUUUUUCACUUUAUGAGCAACUCCCAUUCCAAGACAUAUAUCAUUCUCACGAAAAUUCAACGAAUUGAAUGGAACAACCGUGGUAUCUCAACAGUUCAUGCCAUUUUUAUCUCGGUUGUGGCUGUUUACUACGUCUUCUGGUCCGACCUCUUCUCCGAUAGGUGGCAUAAUGAUCUUGUGGUUUUCCGAAGCUCACCACUUUCCUCCUUCUGUUUAGGCGUAUCUAUAGGUUACUUCCUUGCUGAUCUCGGGAUGAUCUCUUGUAUGUAUCCUUCCUUGGGCGGUCUAGAGUAUGUUGUGCAUCAUUCUCUGUCGGGAAUAGCAGUUGCCUAUUCUUUGUUUUCUGGAGAAGGACAGCUAUACACCUACAUGGUCCUCAUCUCCGAGGUGACAACCCCAGAGAUCAACUUGAGAUGGUACCUGGACACUGCUGGUAUGAAGAAUUCCGGUGCCUACCUUAUCAACGGUGUUAUCAUCUUCUUAGUUUGGCUGGUUGCAAGGAUUCUGCUGUUCAUCUACAUGUUUUAUCAUGUCUACCUGCAUUACAACCAGGUAAUAAGGAUGCACAUCUUCGGUUAUCUCCUGGUUUUCGUGGUACCGGCAGCACUCGGUGUGAUGAACUUGAUAUGGUUCGGUAAGAUCGUGAAAGGGGUGAAGAAAACUUUAGCAAAGAGACGGUGAAUGAUUCUCCUAAUAUAUAUCCCACACGUUCAUCAUUGUUCCUCCGUGAGGGUGCGUGUAGUGUAAGUAGCUGUCUGAUAGAGCAACAACAAAAAGAAAAUGGUAUGGUCCUCUUUGAGUCUGUAAAUGAUCAAAUGCCACGCACCAUUUCUCUUAUAAUAUAAUAUAUCUCAGUAAUUCGGUCUC